AGCGUGACUACUCUUGACGGACGGCGCGAGAGUUUAUGUUAGUGGGAGGGUAGUUGAUCUGUCGUUGUGGGCGUUAUAUGUGAGCUGUACCUGUCCUGUAAGACGCUUCGCAGGUACUUGAGUGAAAUCCUCCAGAGUGGAACUUAUACUGUGCCAUCUUUACAGACGGGUGUUGGGAAAACUCCGCAACUGUCAACAUGUUCAGUAAGAAAAAGCCAAAGAGCACCGUGAUCAUGACGGAUAAAAGACCAACUGACGGUGAUCUGGCCGCCCUGAUUGACAAGUUGCAGAAGAAUGCAGACAAGGUGGAGAAAAACAUUGUUGAGACAGAACAGAAUCUCAACAAGGACAUCAAGAAAAUUAAUGAAGGCAAGCCACCCCUGUAUCAGGAGGACACCAACAAAAGGAUCCUGAACUCACUGGAGCUACUUAAUGGUCUAGAUAGUGAUGCUGCCCAAGCCACACGUUUAAGGCACCCUCAGGCUGAGAUGAUCGAGAAAGAUAUGAAGCAGCUCCGCGUGCGUGUGAGGAAGCUUCGCGAUGAGCACGAUCGCAUUUACAACGUCUCAAGAUCGGAGCAAGUUCCCACUGUCAACUGGGGGAAAAUGAUUGAUGAAAAACAGGUGAAUCUGAACAACAAAGGAUUCGGACCGGACCUACCAACCAUUGAAAAUGAGGUGGAGGAGCACAACAUUUUCCACAGCGAAGUGGAGGCAUUGGCUCCGUAUAUCAGUGGAGACAGGGGCAGUGACGGGCAGCAGGCAAAGUACAACAAACUCCUUGCGGCUUCAACGGAACGUCAGAAGAACCUGCUCAGUCUAAGAGAUUACAUGCAGCGCUGUACCAACGAGCUCUACUGGAUGGACCAGCAAGCAGAGGAGCGGAUCACAUAUGACUGGAGCGAUGACAACCUGGACUAUCCCGCCCGAAAGAGGCAGUACGAGAACUUCAUCAGCAAGUGUCUGGAGUCAAAGGAGAAAACCGUCACCCAGCUGAAUGAAGAUGGAGAGCAUCUAAUCGAGCAAAAUCACCCGGGGAAAAACGUCAUUGCGGCGCACACCGAGGCCGUUCAUGCAGAUUGGAAGGAAUAUCUCAAUUUGCUCAUCUGCGAAGAGAAUCACCUCAAGAACAUGGAUGACUAUCACAAAUUCCACAAGGAUGUUCGAGACACAAAUGAUUUACUGAAGCGCCUGGAAACCGAGAUCAACCAGAAGUAUAACCCUGAGUUUAAAGACAUGUACCAGAUUGAGGGCCUGAUCACAGAGCUGGAUGACCAGGCGAAGGCCAUGGAUCAUUUCGACGAGCGUCUCAAAGGUCUUCAGAACCGCAGCCUGCAGGUUCUCCCUCUGAAGAACCGCAGAGAGACACUGCAGAAACUUCUCCCUAUUGAGGCUCUGUGCGAAUACGAGUCUGAUGAGGGCUCAAUUUUGCGAGGAGAGCGCUACACCCUGCUCAGGAAUAAUGGGCCCAAAUGGGACGUGAAGGAUUCAACCGGCCGCACCAUGAACGUACCAGGAGUGUGUUUUAUUAUCCCACCCACUGACCCUGAAGCCGUGUCCAGCGCUGACAGUCUGAUAAACCAGCACAAAGGCAUCAAACAGAGAGUGGCCGGCACCAAAAAUGCAUUACAGAAACGGCUGGGGGAGCUGAGGAGAGAGAGUUCAAGCGGUCAAGAUAAACAAGAGCAGCAGUGCCGUCAGCUGAUGGCAGGACUGGAUAAAGUGAUUGGUGAUCUGGAUAAGCAAGAGAAGUCCAUUUACACUCAAGUGCGCCCCCCACUGGAGCAGACACGCCCUGUGCAGGACAGCGCUGAUAGGCUACAGGACAUGAGGGACAUCAAGACUGCUGUUCGUAAGAUCGAACCAGAAAAGUCCACAAAAAUAAGGGAGGCAGAGACUUUCCUCAAAUCAACUCCCAAAUGUGCAAGUGCCCCACAGCUAUAUUCCAAGGUGGAUGAGGCAAACAAAAAAUAUAACAAAGUCGAUUUGCUGCUGAAUUGUGCAGACGAAAAACUUCAGAAUUCCCAUACCCUGGAGACUUCUUUGCAGAAUGGCAAAAAUCUACUGUCCACCUAUGAAAACAAACUGGCAAGAGAGGAGGUCGCCCCAUCUGAUCUCAAAUCACUGGAUAAGACUCAGAGCGAAUUGGCGGAUAUGGCAUCUGAGUUAAGGUCAAAAAGAGCUAUCCUCACAGAGACCGAGCAGAACCUGAGAGCAGCCAAGUCCAGCUGCAACAACAUGGCUACCAAAGUUCAAGAGCACUGCCCUGAUAUUGAGAGGCAGGAGGCCGAUGUUCAGAAACUCAAUAAGCGCUUUGAGAACUUGAACAGACAGACUGAAGCAAGAUCACAAAGUCUGCAAAGAGCCAAAGUGGCCUAUUCAAACUACAGCAACGAUUAUGAAAACCUCAACAGCUGGCUUUCUCGUAUGCCAAACUAUGAGCCACGCGAAACGGAUGAUAUCCGACAAGUUGAAACCAAACUGAAAAAUCAAAGGAGUCUGCUGUCUGACAUUGCAAGAAAGGAAUCAGACCUGAACAGUGUUUCAAAAAAUGCACAGCUUUAUCAGCAAUCAGUCAAGGAAUAUGAAAAUGAAGCUGAAAGAUUUAAAGCUGUUCUUGAUCUUGACGAUGGUUUGGUGCCUCAGACAUACAAAAGGACCAGACUUGAGUCUCCUGCUAUGAAAGUGAACAGAGAGGAAUCUGCUAUUGAGGCCAAAUUUACUGAAGUGAAUGCUGUGAACAAACAGAGACUGCAGAACUUAGAGUUUGCUCAAAGUCUGCUAAACCAGCAACCAGAGGUUUCAGUACUCAGGCAAGAAGUCCAGACUGUGAGAUCAUCAGCACCAGGAGAAGAGCCCUGGAGAAUCAAAAAACAGCUUCAGGAAGAAACCCAACGUAGAGAACAACUGGAAAGGGAAAUCGAAUCCAUCCAGACUGACAUUUAUUCACUGGAGGGCCAAAAACCACAGGAUACAAUUAUCAAGAAUGAGGUCAUCAAGAAGGUGCCUGAUCCUCAUCUAGAAGAAGAAUAUCACAAGGUCCAGCAGAAGCUCUUGGAAGAAAGCAGGACCACUCGUAUCUUGGAGAAUGAACUAGAGACCUUCCGCGUUAAGCUACGUGGGAUCGAGACCGAAAUGAAAGAAGGGGCUCAGCAGUAUACAGUCAAAGAGGUGCUCCGCAUUGAGAGAGACAGGGUGCAGGAAGAGGAGCUCAGAAGACUAAGAGAGGAACUCGAGGAGGCUAAGAGACAAAAAAUAAUCAGAGAAAAUGAAAUCACUCAGAUUAGAAGGCAAGUGACUAUACUUGCAGAGGAGAAAAACAGAGAGCAGGAGAUCAUCAGGGAGGAGGAGGUUUAUAAGGUUCAAAAUGACCCUCAACUUGAGAGUGAAUACAGAUUGCUGCUUGAUAGAAAACAAAAGGAACUAGAUAGCCGAAAAGAACUUGAGGAUGAGCUUCGAUUCCUGCAGGAGAAACUACGCCGACUUGAAAAGGAAAAGGCGAUGGCCGAAGAGAAGAUCACCAUCAAAGAGGUCUUGAAAGUUGAGAAAGAUAUGGCAUUGGAGAGAGAGGUAGAGAACCUUAGAAGACAGUACGAAGAUGAGAAAACAAAGCGCAGCUCCUUAUAUAGAGAGAAGACAGACAUUCAGCGCAAGGUUAUCAGUCUGGAGGAAGAGAAGUCGAAGGUCAUCAUUCAGGAGAAAGUGCGUGAGAUCGUUCGUCCCGAUCCUAAGGCCGAGGCAGAGGUGGCAAAUCUUAGACUUGAACUUGUAGAGCAGCAGAGAAGGUCCAGGGAUACAGAGCUUCAGUUGAGGUCAUUCGAGGACGAACUGACAAUGCUUAGAACCAGAGGCCCGCAAAUUGAAAUCAAAGAAAUCAUCAAGGAGGUCAUCAAAUACAAGACCGACCCAGAAACAGAAAGAGAACUGGAGAAACUCAGGAACGAAAUUGUGGACAAAACCCACCAAACUGAGAAAUUUGAGUUGGAGAGCAUUCAACUCAAAGAGGAAAUUCAAAGAUGGAAAGACACCAAGCCUCAGAUUCAGACUAAAGAGAUUGUAAAUGAGAUCCUGCAAUACAGAGAAGAUCCUAAAACCAAGGAGGAGAUAGAGAGUCUCAAGCGAAAACUGGCCGAGGAACAGAGGAAACGUUUGGACCUGGAGAGUGAACGGGCCGCCAAUGAGGAAAAAAUCAGGAUUAAGAAGAUGGACUUAUCACAGGUGAGGGAAACGAUCGUCCAGCAAGAAGUAGUGAAGGUGGAGGCGGAUCCAGUUUUGUCAUCUGAAUGCGACACCCUUACUCAAAAAAUCAACAGCGAGCAAAAACAAAAGGAGUCCUUGAAGGAAGAGCUACUCCGGCUGCAACGCCAAAAAACAGACUUGGAGCUUCAGAUCGAAGAACUGGAGCGUGAACGUAGAGCCCGCAGAGACGCUGAGCUUGAAAUUCAGAGGUUGAGGGUGCGUCUUAAUGAAUUAGAGAUCAGGGACAAGGAAAACAGAGAGAAAGUUACUGUGAAGCAAAAGGUUGUACUUCAACAGGAUCCUCAACAAGAAAAAGAGUACUCUAUCCUACGUCUUCAGGUUGAUGAAGAGAGGCACAAGCGGAUGCUCCUGGAAAAGGAGUACAACAUCUUGCUGCAGCAGCAGCUCACGCUCGAGAGAACGGAAGUUCGUGAAAAAGUUGUGCGAACUGAAAAGAUUCAGGUUGAGCGUGACCCAGAUACAGAGAUUGAAAUCGAAAAGCUGAAGAGAACUCUUGAUGAAGAGGAAAGGCGGCGCUCUGAGCUGGAGAUCGAACUUAGAAACGUAAACACCAGGGUUUCUGAAAUGGAGUUCACCAAUACAAAAUCGUCCAAAGAUCUCGACUUCAUUCGUGAUGAAAGCAACAGGUUACAGCAGGAGAACCAGCGGCUACAGAAUGAACUAAGGAGGCUUCAAUCCGAAAUCGAGAUCACAACCAUGGAAACCAGACAAAUCACAUCCAGCACUCCUGUGGAGAGCAGCAGAAAUCUAGAAAUCCGACUAGAGUCCUUGCAAAGAGAACUCUCCGAACUUCAGCGUAUCAGAAUAGAGAAAGAUGCAGAAAUUGAAAAGCUUCAAAAGAGUAUGUCUGCAAUGAGGGUCAAACGAGAGCAAAGAGAAAGUCACCUCCGCCGCUCCAUCGUCAUCAUUGACCCAGACACUGGCAAGGAAAUGAGGCCAGAGGAGGCUUACAAGCUCGGCCUUAUCGAGUGGAAAAUGUUCGUCAACCUGCAGAGUCAGGAGUGCGACUGGGAGGAGAUCACAGUCACGGGUCCCAAUGGCGAGUCCUCUGUUCUUCACGACAGGAAAUCAGGCAAGAAGUUUGCCAUCGAUGAUGCUCUGAAGGCUGGAUACAUCACAAACACCCAGCUGAAGCAAUAUCAUAACAAAGAGAUCAGUAUCCAGGAGUUCGGUGUCAUGCUGUCGGGCAAAGGCAAAUAAAUGUACUAAUCAGAAAACAUCUCUAUUUUUAUAUUCUGUUAAAAUGCUCCAGUAAACUGCACAGAUGUUUGUUUUAACAGUUUAUAGUUAAAAUCAAAUUUGCAUUCUCUUUCUAGAUGCAAUGUGUAUUUAUUUUCAAAUGCAUUUUUAUAUCAAUGCAAGAUGGUGUUCUCUUGGUUAUGGUGCUAAAGUUGGGUUAAUGGUUCUAUCAUUAUUCCUAAAGUGUUUUCAUUGAUAUAUAAGCGAGCGAUGCUUUGAGAAUCUGGUUAAAUUUUACUGUAAUCUAGUCUAGUAAAUGCAUAUAAAGCAAGCGCCUUAAUGAUUAAAUGAACUCCAGAUCUAUCUAUCUAAAGUAAUGGCAAUUUGUUUAUUUUUGUGAACUUUUCACUUUGUCAGAAUAAUCCAUUUUAAUUGUAUUUUUAUUUGAGAUUAAAUUAAAUGUGGGUAAACCUGAGUACCAUGUGUUGUUUUCCUGCAUCUUUUUAUAAAGCCCAUUUUUAUUGCGAUUACGAAUGACAACAGAACAAUAAAUAUGUGCAUUGAAAAUA